UUUUUUUUUUUUUUUUUUUUUUUGAGUUUUGAUUUUCAGGAACAAGUCCAGUGUCCUCCGCACAUACGCUGACUAGCGGUAAAGAGUAUCAUUCUAACCACAGUUCGCAAAAAGUUAACAUAGAACGGUCUGGUUUUUGUCGAAAGCGUUAUUCUCAAGGGCAAGAAUCAAGUAAUUCUGAGAAGCCGAAAGAAAACUCAUAUUUUUUGAUAUUAGCGUUAUCUCCUUCUAGUCUCCUGUUUUCUCAACGGCCGCAGCCGUGUUGCGCCUCUCCUGUGAAGGCGAAGCCAGUAUCUGGUUGGCAAGCGACUAAGAACUCUCUUAAGGAACGUGUCUCGUUUAUGUGUUGCAAUGAUUUAAUCGCAGACGUUUAUUUUUCAGUAGGCCGUGGGGAUUCUCGAAAGAGGUUCCCAGCUCAUAAAUUUGUUCUUAUAACUGGUUCAACAGUGUUUGAUGCUAUGUUUAAUGGGGAAGUGACGAAGGAGGAAAUCGAAUUACCCGACGUAGAACCAUCAGCCUUUAUUGCCUUGUUGAGAUUUCUUUACGCCGACGACGUCUUUAUUGGUCCAGACAAUGUUAUGAAUACUCUUUAUACUGCUAAAAAGUAUAAUGUACCAGCUUUGGAAAAGGCGUGCGUUGACUUCUUGAAGCGGAAUUUGUCUUCUGAAAAUGCUUUUAUGUUGUUAACCCAAGCUCUUCUUUUUGAAGAAAAGAAUCUUGGCGAAAUGUGUUUGGAAAUGAUUGACAGGAAUACUCUUGAGGCAUUAAGUGCUGAAGGUUUUCUGGGAAUCGAUCUUGAUACGCUUUGUAUGGUGCUUACUCGGGAGACCUUAAGGAUUCGUGAAGUUCAGCUUUAUCUUGCUGUGAUUCGAUGGAGUGCGGAACAGUGUAACAGGAAAGGUCUUUCGGUAACUUCGGAAAACCAAAGACAGAUUUUAGGGAAAGCUUUGUAUUUGAUACGGUUUCCAUUGAUGACCGUUGAUGAAUUUGCUCAACAUGUAGCUCUUUCUGGUAUACUCACUGACCGUGAAGUAGUUAACAUUUUCGUCUAUUUUUCCGUUAAUCCUAAACCGGAAAUUGUUUUUCCCACUACUCCACGAUGUUGUGUUUUCGGCAAAGAAGUUGUUGUGAGUCGUUUUCAACGUGUUGAAGCGCGUUGGGGCUAUAGUGGAACACCAGAUAGGAUAAAAUUCACUGUAGACAAACGAAUAUUUGUGUUAGGAUUCGGGUUGCAUGGAUCCAUUCAUGGACCUCAUGAGUACUCAGUCACUAUACAGAUUAUUCACUGUGGUACGGGCAAAGUUUUGGCCAAUAAUGAUACGUUUUUCACUUGCGACGGGUCGAAUUCUACUUUCCGGGUUAUGUUUAAAGAACCAGUUGAAAUAAUACCUGGCGUAACUUAUAUAGCAUCUGCUCGUUUGAAGGGUCCUGAUUCACAUUACGGAACGAAGGGCCUUCGACGUAUUGUUCACCAGUCUCCAUCCAGUGGUGUUGUUACUUUUCAAUUCACUUAUGCUGCGGGAAAUAAUAACGGGACGUCCGUUGAAGACGGGCAAAUUCCUGAAAUUAUUUUUUGUACAAAAGUCAAUUAA